AUGUCACUCUUGCCCCGUCUCGACCCGCCUCCCCAGGCACCCGCAUCUCCCAACCUGUCACCAGUACAAGUCAAGUUCGCACAGCCUACAGCGACCCCUCAAGCGAUCCCCCAGCUCUCCUUGGGGCCACAGUUGGAAAGACCUCCCAAGACCGGGCCCCGCGACACUCCACCGCAUUCUUGGGGCGGCUCAUUGUCAGUGGUCACCACCUCGACUUCAGUCUCUAUCCUACGUCACCCCGCUUCCGGGUUUCCUCAAUCGUCUUCACCGCCGUCGCCGCUGCGAGGCCGCUCAAGCACUCGUUCCUCACGAAGUCCGCCCGGUGGACAGUCACAACAGUUGCCUCCAUCUGCGGGCAGUCCUUCGUCCCCCUCGUCGCCGAUAAUGUCCUCUCCCGCUGCUGUCCCUAAUAAGGAGACGCUGAAGCUCCUCCUCUGUCAUGAGUUCGCAUAUGAUCAGCAUAUAUACCUCCAGUCAGAUGUCAAGCCAAGCUUGACAUUGCACCCUUUUGGUGUAGAGUCGGUGGUCGAAUGCAACUGCUUCAUCUCGCAGUUGCUCAUCUACUGGACAAUCAACACGGCCCUCUCUUUCCUCGAGCUGAAAAUCCAGGUUGCCCUCAGUCUUCUUGAUGGAGAUGCACGAGCUUGGGCUACCCCCAUCUUCUCCCAGCUUGCCUCCGCCCGCUUCGGCAAUCUUGACGACGCCGCCACCGCACAAGUGGAGCUCACCAAGCUCUGCGCAGAUAAAACCAUGCGCGAGAAGCGCACCGCUGCCGAAUUCUUGGCGCUGUUCAAGGGUCCGGCAGACCGCUCUGGGUAUGGUAACCUGGAGCUCCGCAACAAAUACCUGGGCGGCAUCGCCUCCCAGGUCUACCGAAAGAUUGAGCUCGAGACGUUCGCCACAUGCCGGGCCCGUUGGCCUGAGCUGAACAACUUCUUCUCGGCCUGGGGUCGAGGACGCGGUGGGGCACGUGGUGGUGCACCCUCGUCACACGGAGCUUCGGCCAGCCUCAACGCGGCCGUCGGAAAAGGGGACUUCCCCGGCAGUUGUUUUGGCUGCGGGAAGCAAGGGUACCAACGUUUUGAGUGCCCCAACUGUAAGGACAAGCCUUACACAAAACGCGCCGACACGCGGGCUACGGUUGCCUCGGGUUCCACCCAGGUGGCGACAAGCGCCCCCAUCGCUUCAUCCUCGGCGAGUACAAGCGCUGCUUCAGCGAAAUUGGAAAGUUCCGAGCUGGCGGACUUGAUAGCACAGAUGAAGUCAAUGCGCGAGGAGCUUGAGCACUAUUGGGCGAUGAAGGAGGAGUCUUUUUAA